AUGGAUAUUCAAUUACCUUUGCCCUGUGCUGUCGCCCUGCACCUUGGGACCCCAGGUUCCCGGCACGAGAACGCUGAUCAGCAUUACCUUAAAGGCAACUGA